GGGGAGUGGGGGGAGGUAGGAUGAGUAUAAAAGCUUUGCUGUGAAGAAUUAGGAAAUAUUCCCCGGGAGAAAAUACUCAGAGAUAUUUCCAAAUCUUCUCACUCUAAUACCCUUUCAAGCACUCAGCCCGGAUCAAAAGCCCCAGGAUGAAGAGUCUCGUUCAGUUGUUGGCCCUCUGUGCCGUCGUCUCUCUGUGUGUCUGCUAUGAGUCUCAUGAAAGCACAGAGUCCGUUGAAGAAUUGUUUGUGCCUCGAAACCGAGCCAACUCAUUCAUCCCACCGAGGAGGGGCAACGUCUUUAAUCCACCCAGAGGAAACAUCUUCAACGGCUUUGACCUCACCAGGAACAGGAAGUCUCCCGCAGAGAGACGUGCCGAGACCUGCGAGGACUACUCUCCCUGCCGAUACUACGCCUAUCGCCACGGCUUCCAGCAGGCCUACCAGAAAUACUUUGGAGCCCGUUAUCCACCCCAGCAACCCCACAGACCAGCUGCGACUCGUCGAUUCUAAAGCGAGCAACCUAAAAUUAUCCAUACUUUAUAUGCAUUGAUAUUAUGUUUUUCACCCAAUCUAUCUGUUUUUUUUUUUGUUCUUACUUUUGGCUUUGGGAUAAAAUCCCAGUAUGACUAAACAACCAGUCAUUGCUCGUGUGAAAGUAUACAGUUAGCCUCCUGUACAAUUGCAGGAUUUCUUGUAUCUACUAUUAUUACACCUUCCCAGCUUUUAUACAUUAGCAGGAUAUGCUCAUAAGAGGGGUUCCUCUGCUCACUAUCAGCUUACAUGUUUUUUAAAGUUACCAGGACUGUUGUGUCAGUGAUCAUUUCCAUUGUAUUGCAAAAAAUAAAAAGGAAAUGUGGAAUUUUUUCCUAAA